GGAAGGAUUCAGGGAGAGCUCAGAGUCCCUGCCAGUGCCUAAAGGCGCUCCAGGAGAGCUGGAGAGGGACUGGGGACAAGGAAUGGAGUGACAGGACACAGGGAAUGGCUGCACACUGCCAGAGAGCAGGGUUAGAUGGGAUAUUGGGACGGAAUUCUUCCUUGUGAGGGUGGUGAGGCCCUGGCACAGGUUGCCCAGAGCAGCUGUAGCUGGAGGUGUUGAAGGACAGAUCUGGAGCACCCUGGUCUUGGGGAUCCCUCCCUGCCCAAAGCUAAGAGUUGGGACAAGAUGGGCUUGAAGAUCUUUUCCAACCCAAACCAUCCUGUGACUCUGGAUUUGGGAACUAUGGCUCAGUCAGUGAACCAAGAAAGCUCUUCUGCUCUUUGGUCACAGUCAAGUACUGCUUCCCUUCUUCUGGGAGAGGGUUUGCAGAUGAGGCAUUCAUGAGUUAUAAAACUUCUCCAACCUCUGUGGUCGCUGUGCUGUUACACUGUUGGCUCUAUGUCACCUUAGAUGUGCAGGCAGCCUGUCGGGUCACCACUGUCACACAGGAGCUGCUGAAGGAGGGGUUUCACAGGGACCUGCUGGUGAAGGUAGAGCUGGGGGAGGAUGCAGGAGGAUGUGCAGUGGCAGCUCAGGUGCAUCUGCCACCUGGAAUCUACGUGGAUCCCUACGAGCUGGCAACGCUGCAGCAGCACAACCUGACCAAGGCAGUGCUAUUCCCUGAUGCCAUAGACCUGGAGGCUCCUGAGUACCUGGCCAAGGCUGUUGUGCUGCUGCUGUUCCUGGAGCCGGAGGCGCGCUGCUCCCGCUGCUUCCGCGGCGCCGUGCCCGUGCACGCCCGCUACCACCGCCCAGCCCGGGCCACACACCAGGCCUUGGUGGCUCUGCAGAGCCCUGAGGUGCUGCUCUGCUGCUGCCACGGUCAGCUGUCUGCAGAGUGCUGGGAACCCGCUGAAGUGGACACUCCCUGCUCACCUGACACCAACAGUUCCUGUCAGUGGCACACCACAAAACACAGACCUGCAUAUGAGGAAUUGAUGCUGAGGGUUCCUGUGGGGCUCAGGGAGCACAAUUCCCUGGUGUGUGCCCUGACCCUGCUCACCACAGGGCUCUGCUCUGGCCUGAUCCUGGCUGCUGCCUGCAAGUAUGGACACUUCUCACAGUGACCUGAGGAAUGUGGGAUGGCUGAGCUCCCUCCAGCACAACUAACUGCACAUUGCACUGGGAUUCUGGAUGGAUCCUACUCUGCUGUUAGUGAUCUCUUAGGGGGUGCCAGAGUCCCAUAAUGGAUUAUGGUUCCUUUGGCUCAUAAUGCUUACAAAUGCCUUUCACAGCCCACAAAACAUUUUGGGUGUGUUAUCAAUAUCCAAAGCAGAUGGAGAGUAGGAAAAAGUCUCAAAAAGCUGAAAGCACUGCUGUGGGCAAUGAGGCAACAAUCAGGAGUGGGUUUGGGGCUCCUCUUCCCUCCUCCUGGCCCAGAACCUGCUUCCAAUAUAGUGCUGCCUCUUGCAGAGGUGUUUGUAUUUCUUCACUCAGGGAUUGGUUAUUAAGGUAUGAAAAACAUCAUUGAGUCAUUAAAAUUUUUGAAUUUUAA